CAGCAACGAGAGAAAUAGGGCCUAAAAGAAAAAAAAAGAAAAAAACUAUAGAAAGCAAAAGAAAGUGAAAAACAGCGGCGUGGAAGUUACUAGAAGCUCCUGGUGGUCCUAUCCAAAACAAUACGCUGGAAGACCGAUAAACCUUAGUUAAUUCUCAAAUUUCAGAAUCAGACUACACGAAAGCGAUAUUCAUCCUUUUAUUCCCUUUGAAGAAUCGAGGCAAAAAACGUGAAAAAUGGAUGCGGCGAAGUUGAAAGAAUUAGAGAAAUUCGUGAAUCAGUGCAAGUCCAAUCCCUCCAUUCUCUCGGAUCCCUCCCUCUCCUUUUUCCGUGACUACAUCGAGAGUCUUGGGGGACAGCUUCCACCAUCUGCUUACAAGGCUGGAGGGUCCAAAGCGAAGUCCAGUGUUGAUGAUAUCGAAGAGGAUGAUGAUAUUGAUGAAGUUGAGGAAGAUCAUCCAAAUGUCUCCGUUGAUGAAGAAGAGGAGCCUGAGAUAAUUGAAUCGGACAUUGAUCUUGAUGAAAGUGAAGUCGUGGAGCCUGAUAAUGAUCCUCCGCAACAGAUGGGAGAUCCUUCGGUGGAGAUUACUGAGGAAAGCCGGGAUGCUUCUCAAGACGCAAAGGGUCAGGCCAUGGAGGCAAUUUCUGAAGGUAAUCUGGAGGAAGCUAUUGAGAAACUCACUAAAGCAAUCAGUCUUAACCCAAUAUCAGCAAUUAUGUAUGCCACGAGAGCCACUGUGUACAUAAAGAUGAAGAAGCCAAAUGCUGCCAUUAGAGAUGCAAAUGCAGCACUGGAGAUUAACCCAGAUUCUGCUAAAGGGUACAAAUCUCGGGGUAUUGCUCGAGCAAUGCUUGGUCAGUGGGAGGAAGCAGCUAAAGAUCUUCACGUGGCUUCUAAGCUGGAUUAUGAUGAAGAGAUAAAUGCUGUUUUGAAGAAGGUUGAGCCAAAUGCACAUAAAAUUGAAGAGCACCGUCGUAAAUAUGAUAGGCUUCGCAAAGAAAGGGAAGAUAGAAAAAUUGAACGUGAGAGACAACAGCGCAAGGCUGCAGCUCAGGCUGCCUAUGAGAAGGCUAAGAAGCAAGAGCAAACAUCAUCAAGUACUCCUGGGGGCAUGCCUGGUGGAUUCCCUGGUGGGAUGCCAGGGGGCUUUCCAGGGGGUAUGCCAGGGGGCUUUCCAGGGGGGAUGCCGGGAGGUGGUUUCCCUGGAGCUGGGGGAAUGCCGGGAGGCGGUUUCCCUGGAUCUGGGGGCAUGCCUGGAGGGAUGCCCGGGAAUGUAGACUUCAGCAAGAUUUUGAACGAUCCUGAACUAAUGGCGGCGUUUAAAGACCCAGAAGUCAUGGCAGCACUUCAAGAUGUGAUGAAAAACCCUGCCAAUUUGGCCAAGCAUCAAGCAAAUCCCAAGGUUGCCCCAAUAAUUGCUAAGAUGAUGAGUAAAUUCGCAGGGCCACAGUGAUGGAUGCAAGGAUGUUGUCGCCAUUCGGCAAAGUUAGGGUGUACUUAAGUCGACACAUGUGCAGCUAAACUAUUUCUUGUCUAGAGUUGUUUUGAAAUUUGCGAAUUGUCUUUUCUUUUGCGGAUUUCUUCUUGUAAGCACUCAUUUGCCGUUUUUGCACGAUUAUGUGUCUCAAGUCUGUGCCGCUGUUUUUGCACGGCAGUUUCAGUAUCACAAAUCUGUUUUUUUUUUUUUUUUUUUUUGUGGGGGGGAAGAAAGAGCAGGAUAAGUGGUACUAGUACUGAACAAUAUAGCUUGAUGCAGAAAAAAAUGAAAUGGGAUUUCAAAAAAUUCUUGUGAGCGAUUAUCUAUAAAUCUUUACAUUUGCUAAAUACUGACAUAUUGUUUGGUUCAUUAAAUUCGAAAAUAAGCUUUCACGUUCACUAUAUUUCUCUUUUGUUGGG